UGGAAUGAGUUGAGAGAGAGAGGACGCUCGGCGCUGAUCAAACAAGAUCCAACUGGAAUAUACUACGAGCCUAUCUGCUAAGAAGAUAACGGGGAAUCUCAUUUGUAAUUGUCAGAUCAACACUGCAUGGUUUAUGGAAAGUUAAAACUGGAGCAUGAAGAACAUACCUACAAUUAUGUUGAUUUUCCCGGCUUUGGAAGUACUGCUGGUCUUAUGUCCAGGUCUAUUUCAAGCAGUGUCUUUUGGUAACGCAAGCGCUCCUGCUGGCACGGAAUACAAUGUUGCUGUUACGAGCCUCAUGGAUAUGUUAAAUAUCACUGCAACAAUUGACAACAGUCUACCAGAGGGUGGACUAACCCUUCUCAAAACGGUAGCCCCCACGCCGGUUUCUACUUCUGCAACUACCACAGCUCAACCAACAAGGAUAGACAUGGCAGCACCAACAAAAACGACAGCAACCGGAGCCACGCAGACACCCCUGCCACCACCAAGAACGAUGGAAACAAAAACCGAAGCUACUGCAACACAAGCCACAACAACGACGAACAUGGUGGAAACAACUUCCAGCACCAGCAAAGAACUAUCUACAACAAUACUCAGCACUGCUGGAACAGUUGCGGCUGCAACCCUAAUGACAACCGGGUCCGCCACCGCUGCGAUGCCUUUCAACAGAACGGGAACACCACCUGCCACUGACUUCACCGUGCAGCCAGGCAGCCAAGACUACACGUGUAACUGCAGCAGCACGGGGAGCCCCAGCAUGGAUCAGUGUAACGAGACAACAGGUCAGUGCGAGUGUUACCCUGGAUACACCGGCCUGCAGUGCACGGACUGUGAGGAGGGCUAUUUCACAAAUGGAACCGGAGAGGUGUGCAUGCCAUGUGGAUGUGAUACUACAGGAGCACUCCAUUCACUUUGUGACAGCUCUGGUAUUUGCACGUGCAAAAAGGGAGUUUACGGUUCCAAGUGUGAUGAGUGUCAGCCUGGCUAUUUCCGAUUCAGUGACACUGGAUGUCAACCAUGUCAAUGCAACAAUCACUCAGUUUCCUGUCUGCCUCAGUCAGGCACCUGUCUGAACUGCCAAGGCAGCACAGAAGGACCGCUCUGUGAAAAAUGCAAAUAUAAUUUCUACAGGCCCAGUGCUGCCCUUACAGACAGCUGUGAGCCCUGUCCCUGUUCCACGGUGAUGUCCACAGGGAGCUGUCACAUUGACACCAAUGGACAGCCUGUGUGCGACCAGUGCCUGCUUCAGUACAGAGGACCUCACUGUGACAAGUGCAAGGAUGGGUAUUACAACUCAGACAGCAUCUGCAUGCUGUGUGAAUGCAAUGGGAAUGAGGACCCCAGGACAUCACCACGCAUCUGUGACCCUGACACUGGCCAGUGCCUGAACUGUUCCAAUAACACUGCUGGCAAGCACUGCGAGAAAUGUGUGGAGGGAUACGGCGGAGAGGACUGCAGUAAAAACUUAAUUCCAACCACUGUUCCUCCGACAACACAAACCCCCACAACACUGUCAACCACCACCAUGUCGACCGUGACGACUACCAACCUGACCACGCUGCUGACCAGUCCCACCACCCACGCCGUCCUGCCCACUCUGACCAGCGCCAGCGAGAACGCCACUGUCAGCGAGGUGUCCUGGACCCAGUUCAACAUCAUCAUCCUGGCGGUCAUCAUUGUGCUGGUGGCAGUGCUCAUGGGCUUUGUGGGGGGCGUCUACAUGUACCGCGAAUACCAGAACCGCAAACUCAAUGCCCCCUUCUGGACCAUUGAACUCAAAGAGGACAACAUCAGCUUCAGCAGCUACCACGACAGCAUCCCCAAUGCAGAUCUUUCAGGUUUGCUAGAGGACCAAGCGAAUGAAGUGGCACCAAAUGGACAACUGUCCUUGAGUACUCCUAUAAACAUGUAUAAUGCUUAAACUCCAUUCAAAAUAGACUAUGAAAGUAGACCAGCGCUAUUUUUUUUUUUUUUUUUUAAUGUUCGAUUAUAACCAGGACUGGACAUCUUGUUUAAGGGAUGAAAUGUGUUUCCUGAGGACUACAAGGGAGCUGACAUGUUAGGAAGAACUCCCUAAAAUUGACUGACGCAGAGACUGUUCUGUAGUAGCACUGAACGAGAAGGUACUUGGAAACUGUGGUGCAAAAAGUGGGCUUUAGCUCACCUUCAUAAAACUGGAUAUAACGCAGAAGAUCAGGUCUCCUGUCUAUCGCCACAAAAUAUUACAACCAGUGGUCCUCAAAAAUAAGUGACUGAAUUCUCCAUAAAAUUGCCCAGGUAAUGUUGGAUCCCUUAUUUUCCAAGGGAACACAUAAGGCAGAGAUGCAGCUGGUCGGACAAUUGUUAAAGCAGCCUUGCGUUUGCAAGUACAAAAAAAAAAAAACUGCUCAAAAAAUAUAAUUUCUUUGAGAUGUUGACCACAGAACAGUCGCUGGUAUAAAAAACAAGCACUGCACAAAGAUUUUAAACAAAAUAAUUGAAAAAUGACUAAUAAUGAAUAGUAUUUAAUUAAUGGGGAACCUGUAUGAACCUACAAUAAGGGCAUUGGCAAUAAAGAGUUUCAGAAAAACAAAUCAAUGGCAUACAGUUGAUACAGUGUAUACUGCAUGUUGGGACUGUCUUAACCAUGUCAUUGCUUUUGUGUUUUAAGAAAGGCAUAAUGUGUCUGUUCAUAAGAUUGUACAGAAGAGGGCAGUAUUGCUAAGGGCUGGGACCAUUAUUAUGUGGUGUUCUGUAUCUGUCUAUUAAUAUACAUACUGAAUGUCAUGAGGGAAGGAUGAACUGCAGACAGCUAGGUAGCUCAGUGUAAUAGAAGUGAGCAAGAGACUUGGAUUCAUAUCCAGGGUCGCAAACAUUUUUAUGCUACUGUUUCUGAUGACAUAAUCUAGAAUAUUUUCCCCAAAUCAGAGUUUUCCAAAGCUUCCUAAUCUAUUACUUUGCUUGGGAACAUUGGUUUGUUGCUUGCUCUCUUAGCAGAUAAAACCUUUAACAGAACUGAACCCUGUUGACUGUUUGAUCUAUUCCCAGAGAGGUAAACUACAUGUGUAUCUGUGUUCUUGUGUGAUACAAAAUGUUUUAAGGUGGAAAGGCCCUAUAAAACAUUGUGUAGUAAAAUCUUCCUUUUUAGCAUUAUAGCGUAGAGCGCUUCUGUUGGAGACAUGAUAUCUUCUACCCUUCACCAGACCCCCUUAUGAUUGUAUUCCUUUACUGAGUGAUUGCAAAUGUAUUUAACUAAGGGAACUACAUAUGUUUUAUAGAACUUGGAGCAUGUUUGGAAAACUGCUUUUUAGAGAAUCCAGCUACUAGGAAAAGGACAAGCAUUGAUUGGCCAAUUGCCCGCCUCUUGUUCGAAAUGUUUCUUAUGUUCAUUUUACAGAAUCAAGGUUUUAAAUCACAAUAUGCUUGAAUGGUGACAAUUUACAGCGCUCCAUCGCCAAGUAGGGACUGGCCAAACUGGCAAUACAGUGAGGGCUGCAACAAGAAUCCAAUCAAUUAGAAACAUUGCUCAUUGUUCUGUACAAUAUUAACACCAGUGUGUUCUGCAUAGUAAACAACAUGCAGGGCAGAUACAGUGGUACUGUGAAUGACGUGUGUGUUCAUGUGUUGGGCUGUAGCAGUAUAACGGGUGCAAUAUGUUUUUUUGUUUUUUUUUAAUGUGUGCAGAUCAAUGCAGGAGGAAUAGCUGGUGGAAUACAAGGAUGACAUAAGGGCUUGGUGAAAGGAGGGAGGACUGAAAGUAUUGAAAAAAUACAAGUGAGACAUACCCAUCUGUUGCAAUACAUUUCAAAUGCAUUAACUGUGCUGCACUUUAUUUUAAAAUGAAAAAAAACAUUACAAAAAUGGACAAGAAAUUAAUUUAAAAAAUGAAACUGAUAGCUUCAUUAAGUCUUGGUGGGCCCUCCAUUGGCCUUGAUCACAACUUGGCUUAUCUGCCAUGAUAACUACAGUAUACCACAAUAAAAAUGUAUAUUUUGACCAUACAACACAGAUUGUUUAUGAAUAACAAACAUGCUCCCUGAGAAGCAAACAAAAGGAUGUUUGAAACUCAACAAAUUAGCAUAGCGAUACAUUGUAUCCGUCUGUCAGACAGCUAAAUUGCGCGUGCUUCAUUAGGAGAAUUAGGAAAUUUAAAAUAUAUAUAUAUUUAUGGAUAUAAAUUAGUUCCACUAGAGUUAAAUUAAGCUGGAGGCUGGCACAGCACUAGUUGUUCUGCGAUGCUUUGCAUAAUUUAAGAUGCUGUCUAAAACAGAAAAUAGAAAAACACAUAUAAUAAUAAUAAUAAUAAUAAUAAUAAUAAUAAUAAUAAUAAUAAUAAUAAUUUAUUUUGUAUAGUGCCUAAAUGCAAGCAUCUCAAAGUGCUGAACAAUUAAGAACAAUAACACUAAAGACAACAAAACAAAAAAAAAACAACAACAAAUAUACAAGCAUACAGUUAAAAAUAGCACAGAUAUUUUUUUUUUUAUAUA